AGGAUAUCAAUAUAAUAGCUUGGUAUAACCUCCUUUGGUGUUGUAAUGUUGGCGCAGAGACGAGGGAGGGCAGAAGCUGGGCUGCACCUGGUUUAAUCCAGCGAUUCUCUCUCUGUCUCUCUUCAUUGAUCAUUGAUCAUUGGUCAUUGAUCGACUCACCUUUGCAUCAAUCACCACUCUUAAUUGUUUGAUUCGUAAUUGGAAAAUGAAGAACGAGCUUUGGUUUACUCUUGUUUGGAGAGGCAUUAUUAGUAAUUAAUUACUAGUUAUUGUUUUGGGUUUUUAUUAUGAUUUCUUUUUCUUUAUCAUCAAUCAUCGAAUCAAUCAGCUAUGUCACCGAAUGAUGAUCCUACUAAACGAAAGAGGCUUUAUCAUGUUUGGAAAGGGAGCAAUGACCUUGUGUCUCUCUUCUGUAACUCUGGUAGAGAUCCUGGAAUUCUACCCAGAAAUUCAAAACCCCCCUUAUCAGAUGAAGCUUUUGAAGAGACUACCCCAUCUAUGGAGUGGGUAGAUGGUGGAACUCCUCAUUUAAAACUUCCUCUUACCAAAGAUGUAAUGGUUAAUGGCCACACUGUGAAAGUAAAGCACUGUGACACCUGUUUACUUUAUCGUCCUCCCCGAGCAUGUCAUUGUUCCAUAUGCAACAACUGUGUUCAAAGGUUUGAUCAUCACUGCCCAUGGGUUGCUCAAUGCAUUGGAAUACGGAACUGUCGGUUCUUCUUUCUGUUUAUAUCAACUGCAACCAUCUUGUUCUUACAUGUCUUUGUUUGUUCUUGGAUCAAUAUCAUUGAAAAGGAAGCUGACAGUGAUAGCAAUCUUUGGAAGGUUAUGUCGCGUGAUAUCUUAUCCAUAAUUCUCAUAGUCUACUGCUUCGCAGUUGUAUGGUUCGUCGAUGGUCUUACAAUUUUCCAUUUCUACCUGAUUUGCACUAAUCAAGUAAUUUCCUUCUCAAAGUUCAUAUUUUUAUGA